UUGGUGAACAAUGACGGAGCAGAGAGCGCUGAAGUUCGACGCGAACACAGAGGCCUUUCAGAUGAGAGCGCAGUGGAAGAAACAAGACAUAUGUAAGCAGCAAUGGGCCGAGAGAUGGUCCUGGCUCCUGGACGAAUGGAAGGAUGUUGCGGCCCAAUCAGAAGCUAUUCGCCAAGAGGCUUCUGCUGUGACUCGUUCUCAAGUAACUGUCAAGACGGAUGAAGUCAAAUCCUUAAAACCAGUACCUGUUACGUCUACUGGAUUUAUUGGAUGGCUCGCCAGAAGGCCUGAUUGCGCUCUUGAAAUUUACUCCUCGUGGAUUUUCAAACCUCCGGUACGGCUGCCUGACGCCUGGGACAACCCCAACUAUAGCGGUCCAAAAAAAUAGAAGUAACUUUUAAUUGAAAACAGCAAUCUUUUUUUAGAUUAUUUACCUGCCUUUUUGUGUAAUGCAUCUUCGUUCAGACAUUCGAAUUUUACAAUUGUGCAAACGAAGGCGUUCGUGGCUUACUGUGAAUGUGUAAACCGUUUUGUAACAAUUCACACAGUCACACUACGUGGUAAUUGAAUUCGGCGGUUAAUUGGAGCAAUAAAAAAUCUCAACUUCAAUAUUAUUAGCAUAUUCGCGAUUUAAUGUUUACAUUUGUUUUAUAAGACA